AUGCUCACAACGAACAAUCUAAUUCUAAUUGACGGUAGCACGGGGUUGGCAGUACUUCUUUCCACGAUCAUCAUUUAUUAUGUCACUAGAAUUGUCUAUAGUGUCUUCUUUCACCCACUCAGUCGGUUCCCGGGCCCGGUCUCCCAUGCCCUUUCUCGCCUUCCCUAUUGCUACUAUGCGCUCCUAGGGACGCUCCCAUUCCAUACGUUGGACCUCCAUGAUCGUUAUGGGGAUAUUGUCCGCAUUGCACCUGAUGAACUUGCGUUCUCGCAUCCGGACGCCUGGAAGGACAUCAUGGGCCACAAGAACGGCGAGGAAGAGCUGGGCAAAGCCGAUUGGUUUUACCGACCGUUUCCCGAAGCACGACACAUUGUCAACGAAGAGCGAGAUCAGCAUAAACGUCUGCGUCGCGCCAUGGCUCAUGGUUUCUCGGAGAAGUCAAUGCGAGAUCAGGAGCCCUUGAUUCGCAAAUACACUGAUUUGCUUUUGGAGAAGUUGCAUGUGCACUGCGAAAGUGGACAACCCGUGGCCCUUUCAGACUGGUACAAUUUCACCACCUUUGAUAUCAUCGGUGAUCUUGCAUUUGGUGAAGCGUUUGGUUGUUUGGAAAAUGCAAAAUAUGAUUCUUGGAUCAAAAGUAUAUUUAAAUCGGGGCGGUUGGGAGUCAUACUUCAGUCAAUAUCGUUCUACCCCAUGUUCAGAACACUUCUAUUGCUGUUGGUUCCGAAAUCGCUCCAGGAUGCCCAGAAGAAGCAUAAAGCCCUUACCACGACUAAGAUGCUCCGCCGAUUGGCUAUUACCGAAAAUCGACCGGAUCUGAUCAACAGUCUGUUAAAGAAAAAGGAAGAUUUGGGCCUGAGCAUGGAUCACCUGAUCGCUAACGCCGAGAUUCUGAUUAUUGGAGGCUCAGAGACCACAGCGUCUUUGUUGAGUGGAGUCACCUAUUUCCUUCUCGAGAACCCUGGAGCUCAUCAAAAGCUGAGGGACGAAGUUCGGUCCACUUUCCGCAGCCAAGAUGAGAUCAACCUGAUCAGUGUCAACAAAUUAUCCUAUAUGCUCGCGUGUCUUGAUGAAGGUUUGCGUAUGUACCCACCUAUAGCAAACGGUCUCCCGCGCAUGUGCCCGCGAGGAGGCUGCACGGUGCUUGGACACUAUAUACCAGCAAGCACUUAUGUGUCAAUGCACCAGUGGGCACUCUAUCAUCGUGAAAAGUACUUCACGGACCCCAACUCAUAUCACCCCGAGCGUUUCAUGGGCAGCCCUCAGUUCGCGAAUGAUCGUCGUGACGUUUUUCAACCAUUCCAUGUGGGCCCAAGAAAUUGCCUGGGGAGAAACCUUGCAUACAGCGAGAUGCGUCUCAUUCUCGCCUUGAUCAUGUUUAACUUUGAUAUGGUUAUCUCGGAGGUCUGCCAUGACUGGAUCCAGCAGAAGAACUUUCUGAUGUGGGAGAAACGGCCGCUGAAAGUCUACCUGAAACCUGUAACCAGGGAUAGUCCGUGA